AGAGGGAGAGAGACAGACAGACAGAUAGGUAGAUAGAGAGAUAUCGAGGUGGAGAGGGGUGGUGGUAGGGAGAGACAGAGACGAAUAGGGUAGCCGCGGAGUGGCGCGCGCGGUGGCGCGAGAAAGCGCUUAAAGCGAGCACACGGGGUGAGAUGUGCGCUGGUUGGUGUAGUUGUAUAUUGUUUUGAAAAGUGUCGGCGCGCGCGAACGUACGCGACGCAUCGUGUCGUGCUCGUCGCAACGCGCGGGCUUGGAAAACCUCUCGGACACCGAGAGACAGAUUAGAGAGAAGAAAGAAAGAGGGAGGCAAAGAGAGAUAGAGAGCGCGAAAGAGCCGGAAUUAUUUCUGGCUUCUCCGGACGAGAGAGAGAGAGAGAAAGAGAGAGAGAGAGAGAGAGAGAGAGAGAGAGAGAGAGAGAGAGAGAGAGAGAGAGAGAGAGGCGAAGUGUACAUCUUUGUGUCUGCCGUCAUCAAUCGUCCCUCCGGCCGCGCGCGUUUAUCCGUACGUAUACACGCAGCAGCGUGCGCGUCGCUCCUCCACGCGUCUUGUGUACUCUCCUCUUGUCGUCCGUCUCUCGUCGCCACGCGCGUUCGUCAUCGUUGCUUCGUCUGUCCGUCCCCGUUCGUUCUUACGAGUCCGUGCGUACGUGUAUUCAUCCACCCACCCAUCCACCAUCCAUCCAUCCAACCAUCCAUCCAUCCAUCCAUCCAUCCAUCCAUCCGUCUGUCCGACCGACUGACUCUUUGCCCGCGUAUGCGUGCGUAAACCGGAAGGCCGGAGCGGGAACGCGGGAAAAACGUGUGUAGUCGCACGCAGGGUAAUGCACGCGGCAGGCGUCGCGACGCGACGCGCGAGACUGGACUUUCUCAUCGGGAGGAGUCGCGCAGCGGUGAGUGUCGCGGAGUGUGAGAAUUAACUGGGAAGAUCCCGCGCGCGGGCUCAUCUUCGUGGCCGGCUACGCGACGCUACAACUUUCGUGAACGUUGUUGCGAAGCGCGGUCUUCGUCGCAGCGACGAGGACGGUGUGUUAGUUGUGGUGGUGUUGUCGUCGUCGCGGACCACGCCGACGACGACGACGACGACGGCGACGACGACGACGACGACGACGACGAGGAGAAGGUGGAGGAGGUGGAGGAGGAGAGCGGCGGGCAGCUGCGUCGUCGCGCGGACUUAGAGAACGUGAACGCGGUGUCGUUUUGUUGUACACGCUCGCUCUAACGCGCCUUGAUAAUCCCGGAGGAAGCAACAUCCCACCUUCGCCACCGCGGCUUGGAUGGAUACUGUGCAUUAUUUCUGGACUAAGCAACCUACUACUUCGCGAGACGCUGUUUCGCCGCCGUCGGACGCCUCGCAGGACGAGGCACACUCACUCGCGAACAGCUGCGCGCGAUCGUCACGCUAUUGUUUAUGUGUCUUCCUCGCGCUCGCGGCGCAUACCUGAUCGAGCACCUAGAAUACAAAUCCGUCGCUGCGACGAGCUCCGUGGAGGAGAAGCUUCGACAGGAAGCUCCGUUUCGCUUUUCAACCUAUUGCUCGACUCAAAAGUACGCUACGCUGCCAACUGAAAAUGCUACGUGCAGGACAAUGUAAAGAAAGUAUGCUCGCUCAGCAGUUGCCGACUCUUGAUUCUUGUCUCUCCCGGCGUGAGUUCAAAAGUAGAGGCAGUGCGGUGGCUGCAGCCGACACCAUUUCCGCGCCGUGGACCCCCGCGAGUUCCGGGCCGCCGCCCGACGCCAACGGCUCCGGCUCGGAUACGAAGAACCUCGACGUUGGCGAAAUUAGCGAUGACGAGAAGGACCUGUCGGCAGCGGACGCGGAGGGUGUGUGGUCGCCGGAUAUCGAACAGAGCUUCCAGGAAGCUCUUACCAUAUAUCCGCCAUGCGGUCGACGCAAAAUCAUCCUUUCCGACGAAGGGAAGAUGUACGGUGAGUCCCACAAUUUCCUAUCUCUAUCGUUCCUCUAUCGGUCGAUCGGAAAAGAGUGAAGAAAAAGGAAGAAAGCGUCGUCUCUCUUUUCGUAACUUGACGUAACUCGAACAGACUGACUGGAUCUGCCUCGCGCGCACGUGAUGAUGAAGUUCGUCGCGAACUUCGAGAACGAUACUUGCGAGACCGCGAAAUCGAAUCGAAUCGCUCGCUCGUAAUAAAUUAUGCGAGCGUGCUAUAUAUAUUUUGAAACCAUGAUGUCAAAAUUGAAUGUACACUAGAGACUGAGCAGAAAAUACUCUCUCUCUCUCUCUCUCUCGCUCGUUCGUUCGAGAUUCAGAAUUUUAGGUAAGGAAAAAUAUUCGGUUCGAUUUUCCUGUCAAAAUAAGCUUUAUCGCGUUCGACGAAAACAUGAGUCACUCAUCGGCCGACUAAUCAUCGUCGUCGUCGAGCUUCGACAAUUUUCUGGCGUCAGGACGCUAUCAGCGUCGUCCUACAUCUUUCUAAAAUUGAACCAAACUUUCGGGCUCUGGUCUGGCGUUCAUUUUCUACGAGAAAGAACUAUUCUUUAAGUAAAAUGUCGAGAGACUCGGAGACACUCGCGUUCUCUCCCUCGCACGAGAGAGAAGAAAGAGAGAGAGAGAGAGAGAGAGAGAGAGAGAGAUAGAGAGAGAGAGAGAGAAACGUUCAUUCGCAUUACGAGGAGAUAAGGUACGUCCCGAGACCACCUGAGGAAAAGCCCCGAAGGUAAGGACGCCGUUCGACGGGCGUCCGGCGACGGCGACGGCGACGGCGACACCGACGGCUACCACCGUCCUCGUCGACGAAGCCCCUCCGUUCGGCCGCCGCCACGUACGCGACACGACGGACAAACGUCCAGACGGGCGUCGUUAUUGCCCGGUGCUGAGGUCAGUCUACGUGACUGACCAGAUAUUGCCUGGUACGAGCGGCGGUACCACCGUGGCCACCACCGUAAACCACCACCACCAUUAACCGCCAUGAACUCGCCACCGGGGCAAUAACGCCUCCUCGUCUUCGGAGGAUAUUCGCUCCUCGCUCGCCGUUCACGCGCGCGGUCCUUCUGUGUGUGUACGUGUGUGUGUGUGUGUGUGUGUGCUCUCUUUGCGCGUCUUUUGUAUUAAUCCUCGUUCUCUUCUUCUCCCUCGCUCUUCCUCUCUUUCUUCCGAAUUUGCGGACGUACGGUCGACUCGCCUGCCUCCCCUUCCCUAGCUUUCGAGGAGGAGGGUAAUAAAUCGCCGACGGGGUAAAUCGCUGUGAGACGGACGCGGACGCGGGUGGAUAUGUAAAUUUGCUCACACGCUAAUGACGCUAAUUCAGUCCUCUGACACGAAGUCACGAUGAGCGAUCGAUAUGUAACUUGCGCGAAAUUUAAUUUCUGAGGGUCGCGUCUUUGCGUUGGAAAUUGCGAACGGCGCGAGGUAUCGCGGAGCGGUACGGAGGGAGCUCGCGCGCGAGUCCCGUUUCAGGCUAUUUUCCGAAUUCGGAUUCGAGUCGAGCUACUACGGU